ACAUAUUGUGUACUUGUGUAGAUAUUACCUACUUGCAGGAACUUCCAGUUCUACAACCUUUUCCAUUCCGUUUAAAACAUUUUUUAUUAUAUUGUUACAAGUUGUGUGGGACAUACAACUUAAAAAUGUUCUCUAAUCGUAUAACAAAAAUUAUGCGAUUUGCUGUACAGCAGCAACAGCAACAACAACAACAACGUAAUAUGGCAACUCUUAAAGCCAUCUCCAUAAGAUUAAAAUCUGUAAAAAAUAUUCAAAAAAUCACACAAUCAAUGAAAAUGGUAUCUGCUGCUAAAUAUAAUAGAGCAGAGAGGGACUUAAGACAAGCUAGACCUCUUGGUGUUGGUACAAAGACAUUUUAUGAACAAGCUGAGAUUCAGUCACCACCAGAAGAUGAGAAAAAACUUGUAAUAGCAGUAACAAGUGAUCGUGGAUUGUGUGGUGCUGUACACACUGGAGUUUCUCGUAAUAUUAGAGAUACUCUUUUAGCAGAUCCUAAAGAAUGUAAAAAUACAAAGAUCAUAUGUAUUGGUGAGAAAUCACGAGCAAUUUUAUCACGUUUAUUUGCUAAUAAUAUACUAUUUGUUGCAUCUGAAGUUGGUCGUAAACCACCCACAUUUAACGAUGCUGCUAAAGUGGCAAUUGAAAUCAUGAACAGCGGGUACAGUUUUGGUUCGGGCCGUAUUGUAUACAAUCGAUUUAAAUCUGUGGUAUCAUAUGCUGUUGAUCAGUUGCCUCUUUUUGAUAAAAAUGCAGUAGUUAAUGCACCAAAAUUGUCUAUAUAUGACUCCUUAGAUGAAAAUGUAAUUCAAAGUUAUUUAGAAUUUUCUUUAGCUUCUUUAUUAUUUUAUUCUAUGAAAGAAGGUGCCUGUAGUGAACAAUCAAGUCGUAUGACUGCCAUGGAUAAUGCUAGCAAAAAUGCAGGAGAGAUGAUAGAUAAAUUAACUUUGACAUUUAAUCGUACUCGACAAGCUGUAAUUACUAGAGAAUUGAUUGAAAUUAUUUCUGGUGCUGCUGCUUUAGACUAAAAAGAUAUACAACAUAUAUUAAAACAUUAAUACAUCAUAGUGUUGGAAAGUAGAUCAUAAAAACAUUGUCAAUUAAAAACUGACUAUCUUGUUUUCUGUAAAGAAAAUUUCAGCUCAAUUUUCCGACGUUAUUACGAGUAAUAAAGUAUUUGAAAAUACAACACUAUUUAUGAACCCAU